AUGUUUGGCGCCUUCAGACCUACAGCGCCCUUGUCUGGCGGCCUUCUAUGGAAAAUCCCAUGGCGACUCUCCCGGCAUCAGAAGGCACGACAACGACAGCGAUUGCGCCGCGUCGACAAUAUUGUAGCAAGGUUGCUAAGAGAUGUUGCAGCGGAGCACGGUACCACAAAGCUCAUUGAGCGAUGGAAGGCUGAGAUGCCUACAGAGGGAGAGAUGCUGGCUAAAGACAAGUAUACGAUGUUUGACAAGAAGGUGCGAGGAUACAGGAAAGGAGUGCACAAACUGCCCAAAUGGACGAGGGUCAGCCAAAGGCUAAACCCGCCUGGUUUCUAGAUGGACGACAUCGGCUCAAAAAUGCGAUGCUGAGUCCUACAACAUGGACAUGUUCCAGCAUGACCAUUCCGUACUAGUCGUUGGGACGCAACCAUGUUGGAAAUGAGCCUCGAAUCGAGGACCGGACAAGCUCAAGUGAGGACACGCUGUUCGGUGCACCCGCUCAGUACUCUUGGUAGCGACCAAGCGACACGGCUUCUCCUCAGAUGCGUGUCCUCUAUGGCCGUCAUAACGCGGUGUGGCCCACGCGCAGGUCAGAGAAGCCUGAAACAAUGCAAAGGCGAUUUACUGCC